AUGUACCUACCGCAGCCCGGCUCUGAGCAGGACGGUGGUUUCGGCAAAUGCCUCUUCUUAGACAGAGACGGAACGAAGAUAAAUCACGUCCAGGCUUGGUUAGCAUCCACGCUUAGCAAGCGGGUUGGACCAGCCUGUGUUGCUGGGAUACGGCUACUAGUCAUAAUACAACUGAUCAAAACCAUCCGCUGUCAAAAUGGAUUCUCCGAGCAAGACAUUCUUCGUUACCAACAAAUGGCUUCAAAUGAUGGGCAUGUCGAAGCAUUCAACAACAUGCUACAGAGAGAACAAAACAACCAGCCAUUAAGUUCAUCCAGCAUGACAUUCAACCUUAACGAAGACGCUAACAAGAACAAUAAUUAUGGUCGAACAUUUUAUCCUAGAAGUAGGAAGAUUUACAGAAUAAAGAACCCGUUCCAGCAGCAGAUAGAAGAAACGGAAAAGCAACCCGAGAACACGGAAGCACAAGACAGCGGUGCAGGGGCUAGUAACCAGUAUGCUUCGAUGCAGUACUCAUUACCACCAGAAGAAUUCCUUCAACAGCUGAGAGCAGAAAAUCAGUAUUACCAACAGUCGCAGGUAUCCACUCCAGCCCCAAACAUAGGGUACACAGCUACUCCGCAGCCACAAUACCAGUAUUCGACAAUCUCUUCAUCUAACUACGACAACAACAACCAACAGAACAAUCAAGUACCAUUGGAGCCAAAAGCGUCUCAUGGCUCAACAUACCUGUCUAGUCCUAGUCCUUAUCAGUUUAGUACACCUAACACGUUUUUAGAUAGUGUACAAAGUACGGCGUCCCCUAUUCCUUCAUAUUUAUCCACACCUUUAAAUAAUGGUCAGUUUACUGGAACGCCAUCUAGUUCGUACGUUUCUAGUUCUUCUCCAUUGUACCUUUCUAGUCCAAACAAUUUGCAGUCAUAUGUAUCGUCACCAUUAUCAGUCAUACAGACCGGGACUCCCGACUACAAUAGAGUUACAACAACGAUCGGAAAUAAUCCCGUAAGUAACGAUUAUACUGACCAAAAUAAGAAAAUGCAAAUAGAUCAUUAUGAUUACGCUGGGAAUGGAGUGCGGUACCCAGCAAAUAUCCAACAACAGUUCCAAAAUGAGUAUCAACCAUCUUCCUCUUCAACUACGAGUUCACCGUAUCAAGACCAGUUAAGAGAGUCAUGGCAGAAUACUAUGAAUUCAAAUCUGAAUGCGGCAUCAAAAUCUGUUCAAGAUAAUUCAUACAACCAGUAUCAAAACUAUCAGUAUCCGAAUUCCCAACAAGACACCAGAUUAGAAUCAAAUACAGAUAAUGUUAACAGUGAAACUCAUCGCAUUGGUACUAUGGCUUCUGCCAAUAAUCUAUUUGUAAACUACGUGCAGCCUGAUAAUCAAAUGUUGAAUAACCUAAAACUUCGUACAAGAGACUUAGAACAAGAAACCGGUCAAGAAAUCUACUCAAAUGGUGAUUUUGGGUGGAAACUAACUGGGAAGAAACCUUUAAUAGAAUACAAUUCUUUUCAUCCAAGAUAUUCUUCGUUGGGUAGUUCGUCUGAUGGCCCAGCAGUUAGUCAGAUGAAUUUCCACAUGGAAACUGGUAAGCCUUAUAAUAGUUACGACCAAGUUUCUAAGUCGGCUACGGAAGCUAUCGAAGCUCAAGAGUUUGCCAAAGCAGCUGCAAAGGCCCAGGAGAGAUUGAAACAGCAAGCACAGCAGCAGCAGCAACAACAGCAACAACAACAGCAACAACAGCAUCAACAACAACAGCAGCAACAGCAACUAUAUGCAAAUAGCAACAACUAUGGAUCAUCUAACAUUGGUAAUUUAGAAAUUAAUAAUGCAGGUAAUGCAUACUAUAGUACCAACGAUAAAAACAGGAAUAAAUAUACGGAUAAUACUAAUAAUCCUUACAUUUAUGGAAGUCAAAAUGAUCUCAUCACAGCAUCUCCAUAUUUUCUUUCGACAUCUAGGGAAAAUAUAGACAACAAGCCAAAACAACCUUUCGAUCAUGAUAAGGCAUUGAAAAAUAUUGUACCCAUUGAUGUAUCUAAUGUUGUCGCUAAUUCAGAUUCCUCAUUGAAAUCAGGCAGUUUGGAUAACAACGGAAGGUACACCAACAAUUAUCAAAAAGAUCAACUUGAUCAAAAUGUUAGACAAUACUUGAGACCAGUAACAGAUUCCUUCUACAAAGAUAAAAAUUCUAUUUACGGAUUUAAUAUUAAAACAAAAUCUGAUGAGUAUGUAAAUUCUGAUAGUCUUAAACAAUUAGAGUCUAGUAUAUAUGGUAAGCAGUCUAUAUCUACAGAAACUAACUAUAAUCCAGUUAGUUAUCCUGGACAACCACAAGGCUUGAAUUAUUUGUCUCAACAGGCUAGUUACCAAGACAAUAUGCAAUCUCCGACUUCACAACAGGUAGGGUAUAAUCGCAACCAACAAAAUCAGUUAUCAUCUGACUUGGCAAACAUUCUAAAAUUCAAUGAUAUCCCAUACAAACUUACUCAGGGUAUGUCAAAUGAUGCGUUGAAAUUACAUAACAUAAAUUUCGACCAAGGAGGUAUACCCACACCACUGCCGCUGCGUAUCAACCAAAAUGUUGGCAGCCAUCAGCUUGACGUCACAACCAACCUGCUCAACAAGUUGUUACUAAACAAGCAACCUACUCUGAACAUAAACAGACCGGAAAUAGACAGCCAAACUGGCAGUUUAUUGUCUACUAUAAACGGCUUUAAAGUUGCUAAUCCAUUUAAUAUGGACCUCAAGUUGGUAGCAGAAAUGUUGAAAGGUAAGCCCACAGUAGAUGAUUCGCAAAUGUUGGCAUUAAGGGAUCAGUACAGUAAACCAGCACCAUUGAAGUUCGAUAUGUCUCAGCUACAGUUCUUGUUGAAAAAUGAAAAUACUGCCAACUUGGCUCCAAUCAACGAUGGACUGAGUGCACUUGGCGGUUCGUACCUAGACAUUUAUAACACUGGUAGAUUUCCUUAUCAGGGUGUAAAAUACUCGCGUAGCCAGGAAGAAGAAGAAAGCAUUGUACCUAUUGCUGACGCAUCCAGUACUCAUCCUAUUGGUGCUGUCAUAGAGCAAGAUGACUUAGCUAGUGAAAGGGAGGUUAGUUCUGCAACUGACUUAACAGGACAAGGUGAUGACAUCAUAACUAGUAACUUUGAAGAAAGUAGGACUAAAAGCAGGUAUAUGUCAGGUUCUAGGGCGAAUGAACGGCAUAGGCAUCCCAAUAUGCUAUCAGGACGUCAUUCAUAUCAACGAAAGUAUCCCAAAGUUGACGUAGAUGAACCUUAUCCUUUAUUGAAACCACCUCCUCCACACUCUCCCGUAGGUAGGGGUAGUCAUAUGAAAAUGGAAAAACAUGCUCGCAGACGGCGUGUUAACAAACCGAAACUACUACGUAUCAUGAAAACUGAGCCAUUAUUUGAGGCUGGUGCCGAAACUGAAAGUUUAGAGACGUCCGUACCAAUAUUAUUGCGACCACCUCCACCGGUUGCUGAGUCAAAAUCUGAUACUGUCAGUGCAGAGGAUACCACGUAG